CGUGAUUGCAUGCUCUGCGAUAAUCAGACCCAGCGCCAUGAUUGAAAAUCAGAUGGCUCAAAAUUUAACUCCAGUUUAAGUCUUAUACAGCUCAGCAAUGGAUGACAUACAAUGGCUAGGUACAGACAACUCUAACUUUGAGCCACUGAAGUUUAAAGUGUUUCAUUGUCAAGAUAUCCUCAAGUACAGAUACAUGGUCAUAGUAGGAGGUUCAGUCCAACGUUCUGUGUACAAGGAUUUCGUACUGAUGCUACAAGAGAACCGACAUCUAAACGACAAUGAACUGAGAAAGAAGGGUGAGCGUUCAUUCUUGAAUGACAAGCUACUCAGUGGAGGUUCUCUUGGGGAGAUGACCAAUGCACCUACAUACUCAGAAGUGAGAGAAUACAAGACUGACUGCCAUCAUAUUGGAUUCCACUUCAUGACACAUGCUUAUGGUGAUCGUAUGGAAGCCUUACUUAAUUCUUGGGAGAAUGGUUCUAAGAAGCCUGAUAUUCUGAUUAUGAACAGCUGCCUCUGGGACCUUCGCAGUAAGGGUGUGAUAGGUACAGUAGGGGAAUACCAACAGAAAUUGACAACCCUCUUCCAACGUCUCCAUCAAGUUCUGCCUGACACUUUACGUAUCUGGAGCACCGCAGCACCUGUGACUAAAACGGCCAAGGCUGGUUGUAUCCCAGAUCAUCUGAGAUGCCACAAUGAUACCCUCCCUGUUGAGAUCAUGCAGUGCAACUGGCAUGCUAAGCAGUUGGCUGAUCAAUAUGACAUGGGUAUCGUAGAUAUGGAGUACUACUUCCAACACCAAUUGUAUAACAUGGCUGGGGAUGGUGUACACUGGAAUGGAUUAGCACAUCGCAGGAUGAGUAACAUUAUUCUGACAUACAUUUGUAACAUAUCAGAAAUUGAACUGCCUCCUGCCCCAGAAGCUUCUGUACCUCUUGGAGCAAACUAUUAUCAGAUGUUUGGGCAGGGAAACCAUGAAAACUGUAAUAUAGCACCACCACCACCCAUGAUGAAUUCUCUCCAGAACAUGUCUUAUGUACCACAAAUGAAACUUGAUCUUGAUCCUUGCAACUAUGACUUUGGUUUAAACAGACUUUUUCAAGGAGACUCAUUCAAUAAUGUAGAUCGCUAUGGAGGUCCCAUUGGGAAACAAAAUAGAUUUGGUGAAAUAGGUAGCAAUGUGAAUGAAUGGAGCAAGUAUGAUGCCAAUAUGGGCAACAGAGGUAGACCAAGACAUAGAGACAACAAAUGGUUUGGUAAUGAAGGCAAUCAUCAAUUUGUUGACAAUGACAUGAGAAAUAAUACUGGUCAAAAUAGGCCUGACCCAACCUAUACCAGAAGUUUUUCUAAUGGUCCUUGUAGACCAGUAAAACCAUUUGUUGGUUUCAAUUCAAACCAGUUCCACAACAGUCAAAUGGGUGGGGAGAUUGAGAGUGUGAAUCCUGAAUACAUUACAUAUUCAAAUGGUAUUCCCAUGGUUAAUCAAAGAAGGUACAACACCGGUCGGUUUUCUGUUGAUAACCAAAUUGAUCCCACCCAAUACUCAUUUAAAACCUUUGGUAAGAAAAAACACAAGCGAUCUAAAACUGUGCCAAAUGUCAAUUGGUCUUGUAGUAAAAACUCAAGCAUAAGACAGAAAACAGGCAUUGUAACCAUAAAUCCUAAAGUUGAUGGCUUAGUACAGGUUAAAGACGGUAUAUCCAAAACAACUGACAUUCUAGUUGAAAAGUCUAAAUGUGAAACAAAAGCCAUAGAAAAUAUAGAUAAUCGGCAAGAUGAGGACAUCUUUGACAAAACAGAUGCCCAAUCAGUAAAUACCUUACACUUACAAACCAAACAGGAAAAUGGAAAAAUGGCAAGAGAUUGUGUUACCAAAGAAAAAGGAACCAUUAAAACUGAUAUAGUUGUAGAGAAGGUUUUGACGAAGAAAGACAAAAUUCAAGUGUUGGAUUUGAAUACUUCAUUUACCAAAGAUACUAUCUUAAAAUCAACAGAUGCGUUGGAAUGUGCUACACUCAAUAUGACUCAAAAGGACAUUGGGAUGUCAAUAUCAGAAGCCUAUAAAAGGGACAAAUCAGUGCUGCAAGUAACUAAUGACCCAAAUGUGUGUCAUUCUUCUGAUAUUAAAGAUGAAAGUGAAAGUGGCAAGAAUGUUGAAAAUAAAGAUGACAGAACAGAUGAUGUUCACAUUUCACCUGAUUUGAACAAAAAUGCUCAAAUCAAAGACAAUAUACAAAAAUGCAACAUUAAAGUUGAAACAUCAAGGGAUAUUGAAAAGAGUAAGGAUGUUGGCUUUAAUGGUGACACUAUAGAUAAUGUUAGUUAUAUUGAACCUGAUAUGAACAAGGAUCCUGAAAUCAAAGACAAGAAAUCAAUACAUGACAAAAUUAAAGUUGACUUGACAAAGCAUAUUGAACAAGAUAACACAUCUAGUGAUGUUAUAGAUAAAGAUGACAUUACCAAAGUUGUCAUGUCCAAACAUGACUUGACCAAACAUACUGUAACUGCAUGUGAUGUGACAGAUGAUGCACAAAUCAAAUGUAACAUUACAAAGAAUGCCAAGAUGGAUGAUGAUACAAUAGCCACAUGCGAUAUGGCCAAGAAUGAUAGUGGGAAUGAGGACAGAGUGCAGCGUGUUAGAUGUGACACUGGGGAUACAAGAAACAGAGGUAUAGUUGAAGCAGGAGCUAGAGAUAGAAAUUAUCAAAAUGUCAGUACCAGGAACACAUAUUGCUCUUCAUUUAAUACCUCUCGUAAUUAUGACACCAAUCAAUUCAAUUAUAUGAGCAAUUCAUACAACACACCCCUUUAUGUGAGCAAUCCAUAUGACACACCCAUUUCUGUGUCCAAUCAAUGGAACACACCUGUCUCUGUGAACAAUCUAUAUAACACACCCUUUUCUGUGACCAAUCCAUAUAACAUUCCAUUUCUUGGCAGUCAAUCUCAGUUUAAUAGCGGUCAGUUUGCAGGUAAUAACAGUAUUCAUAACGAUGAACACAAACGGGUCAGGACUGUUCACAGCAUUCAUCUUGAUAAAAGUAAACACAAUUCAAGAAAUAAGGGGAAGAGAGUUUCCACUCCUUGUAACAAGUCAGAAGAAACAGAGAAUGAAUCUGACGCUGUCAGCAGAGAUAAAUUAAAAGGAAACGGUUCUGAUAACAUUGAGAAGAACAAUGUCACAAUAAGCAGCACUCACUCUGACAAAACUAAAUGUCAGGAUGACAACAUAAGUGAUUCUGUUUCUAAACAAAAAAAUGGCAUGUCAGAUUAUCAGAUCACCAAAGAUAAUAAGACAGAAGAUACAAGCAUCAAAUCUGAUAUGGAAAAGGAUUUGAGUGUCAACGAUGAUAUUGUAGAGGCUCCUAAAUGUAAUCCUGAUAGCAGAGUUACUGUUGAAAUUCAGGCUGGCAUGAAGGACACUAGCAUUGAAUGUGAUGCAACUGAAAUAAGUGCUGGAAAUGAUAGUAAAAGAAAUGUAGCUGACAUUGAACAUUCAGAAAAAAGAACAAAUAUGGAAUGUAAUGGUCAGAAUAAUCCUUUGCCUAAUAAUGAAAGGAGUAUUGACAGAAAUGUUGUGAAAGCCAAUAAAAAUGGCACAGUAGGAAACUCAAAAUCAGCUGAAAAACCAAAAGUAGAGAAAGAUGUCAGUUAUGGUCAAGAGGCAAAUCCAGUAAAAACUGAACCAAAAGAGUCUACCACUAACACAUUUAGUACUAUACUUAAAUGUAUUCAACAUGAUGUAAAUGAUUCCAAGGGAAUCAAGUCCAAGUGUAACAGCAAGCCAUCUACCGCAAAAGAAGUAGAUGAUAUAAUUGUAGAGAAGGUAGUUAAGAAGGAAGACAAAAUAAAGGUUUUUAACAUUGAUACAAUUGAUGAGAUAAUAGAAACACUGACACGUGAAACAAAUGGCAAGGAGUCUACAUCUAAAUGUGAGGAAGAUAUGAGAAAGCCAAAACUUGAAUCAUAUAAAAUGAAAUAUGAAUCAACAAAAUCUGAUAUCGGUAUUUUACUCGAUGACAUAAUUACUGUUGAAGCUGAUGACUUUGAUGUGAGCUCAUUGGAUGAUGAUCUCAGAACCUCUUGUAUGGAAAAAGCAGAAUCAGUAGUCCAUGUUGUUGAUAAAAAUUAUGUUGCUAAAGUCAACAGUCACAAUACAACAGCUGAUAAAACAAUUAUUGAAGGACCUCAAAGUUCCAUACCUGUUGUAAUUGGAGGAGUGGUAAAUAUCAAUAUUUCCCAGACUACUUGUCCUAACAGCAACAUUGUAAGGAAAACUCUACCAAUUUCUAAUCUCCAAAACCCAUUAGAAUGUGUAAAAGGGACUCACAACAACAGCUCUACUGGAAGUGUCAAAACAAAGACCAAUAUGAAAACAAAACCCCAAGCUAAACCUGCUCUUAUAUCUAAGCCAUUCAAGCUCACACCAAUUACUUUUGACAACCCUUGUAAAACAACAGCUAUAUCUGCAAAUGAAAAUAAAAUCACCAACUCACCUGACCAAUCAGAAAACAAAACCAAAUCACUGUGCACCUGGUCUUUAAAGCCUAUUGACAAUAUAAAUAAGGUUUCACAAAAUGCCUUACCAGACAUCAGUGAUAAGUUGGCACAUGCACAAGUUACAAGUAGUCACAUUUUUCAAAAGGAAAAUGCUGAGAAUUCAAAGAAAAUAAGCAGUCAAAAGGAAAGUAACUCUCAGAGUACAAAGAAAACAAAAAUUCCAAAUGACAGUAAUGUUCAGAGUUCAAAGAAAGUAGUUAUUCAAAAAGAAAGUAGUGAUAAAGGAAAUACCACCACUUUAAAAGAUCCAUCCAUGCAUGAAGAGAUAAAACCUAAGUUUGUGAGUUUAAAACCAAAACCUAAAUCAGUAGUCGAUAAAGGUGAGAGAACUAAUAUAUAUGACUACAACCAUGGAGUGUGGUGCCUAAGAGAUAUCAGUGACAUUGAAAAACAGAUCAACAAAGAUACUAUUGAAAGAGAUACUCCAUCAAAAAAUGAUACAAAAUCCAGUGACAGGCCAGUUACACUCCCUGAUCCAGAAAUAUUCUCCACUGAUCUCAGGAACAAACUGACUGAAAAAAAUCUUGAUAAGAAGGAUCUUCGUCAAAAAUUGAAUAUGAAACAUUAUAGGAAAAUCUCUUUUAAUGAACAUGAAUCAAAAGAGAUUAUAUUCAGUGAUACAGACACAGACAUUGAAACAUGGGGAAUUGGAAACAAUAUCCAACCAUCAAAGAGUAAAAUAAAAUGUGAGACAUAUGCCAAAUCAAAUGAAGAAUCAUGUGAGGAAGCAACUUUAGGCAAUGUUAAGUCCAGAGUUUUCUUUGCACCAGCCACUUAUUCUCAUAGCAAUAUCCCUUUGUCCCUAACUCCUAGUGCCAGUACUCCAUCUAUUCAUGGCCAAACAGCUUCCCUAUGUGUUCCUCAUGUCCCACCCCCUCCUCCCGUUCAUUUAUAUCAGGCAUCCUCUUACAAAAUUGUGGAUAGUCCAAACAAAAUUGGUCGCAAUAUACAUUUGAAUCCAAAGUUUCUUCGGUCCCCCCAAUUGCAUACUCAGGAUGCUAGAUUUGGUAGGCAUUCAUUAACCAAGAUUCACAAAGAUGGGGAUUGUGUUUCAAUAUACACAAACAAUAAUAAGAAAAGGAGGCUCAGUUAUGAUUGAUCACAUGGGGUGCAGCAUUCAUACAAUUUGAGAUCAAGUUGUGGAACUGAAGUAUGUGGAGUAGAUAAUGUAUGGUACAGGAGUGAUAAUAUUGAUACAGUAGCUUUUGUUUUGUUGUAUAAGGGAGCAUCUCAAAAGUUCAAUGUAGAACAACUGUAUUUGAACAUACAUGUACAUAUAUUAUAUAAUUAUUAUUCCAAUCAGUAUUUGUGUA